AUGGCUUUCAAGGCCCCAUUCCUCCUCAACUUUUCCAAUCAAGUCAACUUUCAAAGCUUGACCUGGGCUAUAAUUUCCUCUCAGCUUCAAGUUCUUUACCUUGAUGAAAACAACCUUGAAGGGCCCAUUCCUGAGACUCUGUGGAGUCUUGAAAAUCUGCAAGAGCUUGUUCUUUCAGGGAACAAAAUCAAUGGAACUAUAUCUGAUAAGACUGGUAAUUGCAAGCAGUUGGCUGUUGUUGCUCUCUCAGAACUCAGGCGUCAGAAUAACUUUAUUGGAGGAACUAUCCCUCCAGAAGUUUGCAAUCUUGACAAACUUGAGGUUCUUUAUCUAUUCAAUAAUUGUAUCGAAGGUUAUAUUCCGAUUGAGAUUGGUAAUAUGAACAACCUAGUGCAGCUGGCUGUGUAUAACAACAGUUUGACAGGUAGAAUCCCAUCAGCAAUAACUGAUUUGAAGAAACUUAAAUUUCUAUCCGUAGCUCACAAUAAUCUCAUUGGCGAGGUUCCAUCUGAGCUUGGGAAAAAUUCUCCAUAUCUAGAAAAAUUGGAUUUAACUGGGAACAGUUUUUAUGGGGCAAUUCCUUCUAGCAUAUGUAUUGGCAAUAAACUUUCAGUUUUAUCCCUCGGAAACAAUCAUUUUAAUGGGAGCUUCCCAAUUGAAAUCGGAAAAUGUUCAUCUCUCAGGAGAGGAGUCCCAUCAAAUUGGUAUCAGAGCCUCAUUUGGGUGAUGGUUAAAUCGAAGAUGGAGAACAGAGUUGAAGGGCUGGAAAAGGAAAUGGGGAACGUAGAGAAGGAAAUGGAAAAUGUGAGGGAAGAGCUAGGGAGCAUCAAAGGCUACCUACUGGAGCUUCGCAAAUGGAUGAGGGUAAAGGAAGAAAGGGAUACAAAUCUGAGCCGCGAUAGGGGAAAGACAUCUCACUUUGAGCUCUCCAACAAUAGUGACAGCGGGGGAGUUGAUAGGAAUAAGGAAGUAGAGAACUCAAAGGAUGAGAGGAAGGGGAAGAAGUUGGAGCUACCAAUAUUCAACGGGGAAGAUCCUUAUGGUUGGACAUUCAGAGCUGACCGAUAUUUCUCGAUGAACCAAUACGAAGAGGGAGAAAAGGUGAUAGUGGCCGUCGUGUGUAUGGAGGGUCGUGCCCUGAACUGGUAUCAGUGGGUGGAGUCUAGAGCACCAAUCAGUUCUUGGAAAGACUUUAAGACCAUCGUGGUUGAGAGAUUUAGACCGUCAUUUAAAGGAUCAGUUUAUGAAGCUCUUGUAGCAUUGAAGCAAACCGGUACAAUGACAAAAUACAGGGAGAAUUUUGAAACUCACGCAACUCCCUUACACAAGGUAGGAGAAGAUAUCCUGAUGGGGGUUUUUACGAAUGGGCUAAAGGAGAAAGUCAAAGCUGAAUUACGUUUUGCGCUGAUGGACCAGGCCUAUCGUGUGGAGGAAAGAAAAUGGCACAAGUGUGACAAAGGCCUCUAUUUCUGCUAUGAUGAGAAAUUUGGGCCAAAUCAUAAAUACAAGAGCAAGUUGAUCCAAAUCUUGUUAGUGACCGAUUAUGACGAAACGGAAAAAGACGAAGUCAGUCCUGAACCCAUCUUGGAAGCUUCCGAUGAAGGUAACCUUUUGGCUUUAUCUAUGCAUUCAAUUGUAGGGGUAACCACAGAUAAAACCCUAAAACUUAAAGGGAUGGUUGGAAGGGAGGAGGUGAUUGUUUGGGUUGACAGUAAGGCUUCCCACAAUUUUAUUUCGCAUGAUUUGGUGCGAAAAUUAGGUCUGGCAGUUGAGAGAGGGAAAUCAUUUGGGGUUAUGGUAGGGAAUGGCUUUACAGUCAAAGGGGAGGGUAUUUGUAGAGGAGUGAAAUUGAGGAUACAAGGGAUUGAAUUGAGGCAAGAUUAUUUUCCAUUUGAAUUAGGAGGGGCAGAUGUGGUGUUGGGAAUUUCUUGGCUCAGUACAUUGGGCGAUGUGUGUGCCAAUUGGAGAAAUCUGACAAUGGCAUUUAUCAAUGAAGGGAAGAGGGUAGUUUUACAAGGGGAUCCUUCUUUAAUCAAGAUGGGAGAGGAAACAGAGGAACCCGUCGAUCCUACAGCUGCUACAGUUGUAGAUGGAUUUAGCCACCUGUUUGAACAACCUACUAAGCUACCACCUAAGAGACCCACUGACCACGCAAUAGUCUUAGAAGCUGAUGCCAAACCCCCUAACAUUCACUCAUACAAAUACUCAUAUUCCCAAAAAAAUGAAAUCGAAAAGUUAGUGGGUGAGAUGCUCGUGGCAGGAAUUAUACAACCCAGUACCAGUCCUUUUGCUAGCCCUAUGUUGUUGGUUAAAAAGAAAGAUGGUUACCACCAUAUUAGGAUUAAGGAGGAGGAUGUACCGAAAACAGCCUUUCGGACUCACGAAGGGCAUUAUGAAUUCCUGGUCAUGCCUUUUGGAUUAACCAACGCCUCUUCCACCUUUCAAGCUUUAAUGAAUACCAUCUUUAAACCGGUUUUGAGGAAGUUCACACUCGUGUUUUUUGACCAUAUCCUCAUUUACAACCCUGAUUUGAAGACUCACCUGCUCCACAUGAGACAAGCCUUUCAAAUCCUCACCAAGCAUGAAUUAGUAGUAAAUUACAAGAAGUGUAUGUUUCCCCGUCGAAGAUUGGAGUAUUUGGGUCACUUAAUUUCAUCAAAGGGGGUAGAGGCUGAUCCACAUAAGAUUGAAUCAAUGUUAUCUUGGCCAAUUCCACGCACAAUCAAAGGAUUAAGGGGAUUCUUGGGGCUAACUGGCUACUAUCGCCACUUUGUACAGAAUUAUGAUUUAAUCACGCAGCCUUUAACACAAUUGUUGCGAAAAGACUCUUUUGUAUGGAAUGACCAAGCACAACAAGCUUUUGAAGCCCUUAAAACAGCAAUGACAUUAGUCCUUGUUCUGGCAGUCCUUGAUUUUACCCUUCCAUUUGAAGUUCACACGGACGCUUCGGGACAAGGUUUUGGAGUUGUCUUGGUACAGAAUCAGCGCCUUAUUGCAUUCCUUAGCUAA